ACUUCCAGCGGCAGUAUCGCCUCUGUUGCCUCUGUCCACUGAGGGCCAAGAUGCGACACGACCGUCAUGUCGAUUAAUUCAAUUGACAAGACGUCUUCGUUGCAAUAUGUAAACUUUUCGGUCAACCGGCGUCGUCGCUAUAAGAGAAAUGCCAUCGCCUCGAGCCUUGUCAUGGCCAAAUCUAAUGUGGACUUGCCAAAACCAACAUUGAUAUUAUUCUAACGGAUUAGUGUAAUGAAGUCUAUUAAUCCUUGCAACAGAGCGAAAGUUUCCAGUUUACUUUCACAAGACCAGGCAAGUUCACAAUCAAGAAUUCGUGAUAGCAAAUUUGAAAACUUUUAAGGUUUAUUGUUUUUGGUGAGAGCAAAAUGUGUGUGUCCUUAUAAAGUUUGAUGUGUGGAAUGUGACAAAAAUUGCCAUUGAUUCUGGUUAAACAGGAUGUUCAGGGGGGCAUUGUGUUGACGUGCCCUUAUACGUAUCAGCGCAGUUGCAGAAAAGUGGUGGAGACGAGCGGUAAAGCAGCAGAUGGUCGGCUUAUGUUUAAUUUUACCAGAGUUUUGACUGACUAUAGUUACCACAGAUCUUGACGAGCGACGGGACAACCAGCUUCACCCGCCAAGGUUCCCCAGGAAAUGGCGAGUGCCAUCACCCCGCCGGGUAGCACCGGCAGCGGAGACGGCGGCAAGAAAGUACUAAAGAAACCCGUGGAAUUAUACUUGGUCAGGAUUUAUCCGCCUUGCAGAGCUGUUUGGCUAUAUCUUUUACAGAACCAGAUCCCCCAUAAACUCAUCGACGUAGACUUCACCAAAGGCGAAGAGACCACGCCUGAGUUCAUCCAGAAAAAUCCUCACCAGGAAGUCCCCAUACUGGUUGAUGGGGAUGUGGUCGUCUUUGAAGGCCAAGCAAUCCUACGGUAUCUGGCAUCGGAGUACACCAAUCAUAAAUAUUAUGGCCAUAACACAUCAACGAGGUUCCUCUGUGAGUCCAUGAUAAGCUGGGCAAACUCAGAUCUACACCGGGUGGUUGGAUACCGGUACACAUACCCCCAGUUUCUGGAGAAAUUCCGACUACCAACCGAUUCUGCCAAUGAGGCCCUGAUCGAAUCCGGCAUUAAACAACUGACAAAACAUCUGGAAACUAUAGAAAGGCGAUAUUUAGAGAAGGGCAGAUUUCUUUGCGGAGACAAGAUGACAGUUGCGGAUUCGUACGUGGCGACUAUUCUGGUUCAGAUGGAAUGGGUGGGGUUUAAGUUCUCUAUGUGGCCAAAGCUAGAAGACUGGCUGAGUCGAGUGAAGAGACAGGACUUUUGGAAUGAGGUGCAUGCUGCACAUAAUGCUUUUGUGACAGAAUUAGAAGGUGCCAAUUACAUGUUUGAUUGAAAAUUUGACCUGCUUUGUAAAAUGUAACAAUUUGAAAAUAAAAAUGAAGGAUGUUUUCUUUUAUA